AUGCGGAAGACGUCGGGAUGGAUUCAGGUCUGGGUCACGGUGGGGUUGCGAGUCUUGGUCAAUAUGCAUAAGCCCGAUAUCGCAACAGCAUAUGUCUUACGUCCGAGGGACCUGGCGAUUUCUCAAUCACCUACGGGCGGCUAUGCACCCACGAAGAUCGACUGUCCUGCUGAUUUACGCAUUCGGGAUGCUAACAUGUAUCCAUGGGGUUUAAGUCAAGGAGAAGAGGCAUAUAUAUCAAGCAAAGCAAAUCUUUCAAUACCUCUGUGGUCAGAUUUCUUGAAACAAGCUGGGUUGAAGGAUUUUGAUAUUGAAAAUUUCUUAGACAGAGCGACCACAAAUGGAGCCCGUGCUGGUGAUACUGUGCCCAAUGUCGCACUGGCUUUGUCUGGGGGAGGAAAUCGUGCACUAUUGUACUCUUCAUCAAUUUUGGAUGCUUUCGAUUCCAGGAAUCCAGAGGCCAUGAAAGCACGAACUGGUGGAAUCUUACAACUUGCGAAUUAUGCUACAGGGCUAUCAGCGGGAUCGUGGCUCUUGGGUAGUUGGGCGACCUCAAACUUCGAGAGAUUCCCUUCACUCAAUCAAACGGUUUGGGGUUACACCAAGAAAAAUGGUUAUCUCAGCUGGCGCAAUCUGAAGAAGUACCCCAAAUAUUAUUCGGAUACAAAGAAGAAGAAGAAAGCCGGAUUUGCCGUCAGUUUUGUAGACAUAUGGGCACGGAUGCUGGGUACACAGUUCAUUAAAGAUCCAGAAAAAGGCAAGGGCGUGCUCUUCUCAUCUGUAAGAGAAACACCAGCAUACAAAGACCGCAUAUUUCCGUUGCCUAUCUUGGUGUCCCUAUCUAGGCCAGGCACAGGCAAAAUGAUAACACUGCAAAGUCCAAUGUACGAGUUUACUCCAGAAGACUUUGGAAUAUGGCAUCCUCUUUUGAACGCUUCGAUACCUAUGGAAUACCUCGGGAGUAAAGCCUCCGCUAUGAACGAUCAAGCUAUAACUUGCACAAAAGGUUUCGACAAUAUGGGUGUGUGGGAUGAUGCUUAUGACAUUUUCGGGCCCAGUUUCUUGAUGGCACGUUCAGGUGCUUCGAGUAAUGUCUUCAGCUUUCAGGACGGCUCGGAUCCGGACCCACCAUUUUGGGCAAAGCUCCUGAAGCUGUUCAUCAAGGGUGAAUUUUAUGAGGCAUUGGUUCCGAAUCCCUUCCAAGGAAAAGCAGUUGGAAUGUUUGGCGACGUGGGAUUUGAAGACUCGAAUUUAGACACCCUCCUACUCGCUGAUGGUGCCAUGGCUUCGGAGAAUCUACCUCUCUUCCCUUUGAUACAGCCAGCCAGAAAUGUAGACAUCAUACUGGCUAUAGACUCGACCGUUAAUGGACACUCAUUUGAAAAUCCAAACGUCCAUGGUUGUCAGUAUUAUCUCAAACUUCCACUCAACUCACAGCUUGCUCAACUCCUUUGUAACAACAGAUCCAAAUGGCACUACCUUAUACUUAACUUCUCUCAAACUGCAAGACCCAAACUACCAAGGUUACGCAUUCCCAAAGGGUAUUUAAAUCACAGAGUACCCAACGCAAUGGAUGGCAGCUUUACCUCUGCUGGAUAUGAUAGAAGACCGACACUGUUCGGAUGUGAGGAUCCCAACGCACCCCUGAUACUCUACCUUCCCAACCAUUUUGUAUCAGCACAAACAGACAUGCCAACCAUGCAAACGGACUACACUUGGCAAGAGAUUGAUGGAUUCUUUCAAAACGGUUUCCAUAUUGCAACUCAAUCCAACUCGUCAUAUGUUGAUCCUGAAUGGCCUGCAUGUUUGGCUUGUGCAAUGAUCGAAAAGCAAAGGAUUCGAAAUUCACAAGCCCGAACCGGCCAAUGCUCUGCUUGCUUCAGUCGAUACUGUGCUAAAUGA